CAGUCAGUCACGCCGAGGCAAUCGUCCUGGUGCUGUUGCCCUACACUAUCAAGCCUGCGACUCCUGUCCCAGGACGCUGUGGCAAUUCGUAUAUCCCUCACUGCCCAGCAAAGUCUGCCGCUGCUUGCCAGGCCACCAUGGCGACGGAUCCCAAGAAGCAGGACGAUCUUCUUCGUCGGCCGCUCUACCUCUAUGACCUCCCUCCAGAAGUCCUGGCCACACUCAAGCUUAAGCUAGAGGCCGAGGCGCAGGAACAGCCAGACAUAGAGACACCCUCAACGUCUGCCCACGAGCCGUCGCAAGCACCAUCCGAGAACACAGUCGGUUCGCCAGCCUGCUCAUUAUGCGGUCUCACAUUUGUCACUGUGCUUGACCAACGAGGCCACCAGAAAUCCGACCUGCACAACUACAACCUGAAACAGAAGCUGAGGGGACAGAAGCCCGUGUCAGAGGCCGAAUUUGAGAAGUUGGUUGGGGACUUGGACGAGAGUCUGUCUGGGUCAGACUCAGAAUCCUCUGAAGACGAGGACGACGAGUCCAAGAAGGACUCAACGUUGACAGCACUUCUCAAGAAGCAAGCUAGUCUCGCUGAGAAGCGCACCGGAGAAGAUGGCGACGACGCAGAAGAGUGGGGCCGAGGGAAGCGGAAAGGCACUGGACAGCCGCCGAUGAUGUGGUUUUCAUCCUCCACACUGCCGGAGAACAACUAUUUCGGAAUCUACAGGGCGCUGUUCACGAGCGAGGAGCUCGAGAAGGAGGACAGCAUACUAGACGCAGUCAAGAAGCGCCAGCUGCAGCCAUUGGCAGCCCCAAAGGCCAGUAAGAAGGACGGGGCUCAACCACCUGCGGCUUACAAGGGGCCACACGUCUUCCUCUGCAUGAUCGGAGGCGGCCACUUCGCUGCGAUGGUAGUCGCGCUCUCGCCGAGGCAGACGAAGUCCGGGUCCGGGCCCAUGAAUCGCGAAGCUACGGUCCUGGCGCACAAGACUUUUCACAGAUACACCACGCGAAGGAAACAAGGUGGCUCACAGUCCGCAAAUGAUAACGCCAAGGGCGCCGCGCACUCGGCAGGUUCAACUCUGCGUCGAUACAAUGAGCAGGCCCUGGUCGACGAUGUUCGGCAGCUCCUGUCCGACUGGAAAGGUCUCCUGGACACAGCAGACCUGCUGUUCAUACGGGCGACUGGAGUUACGAAUCGGCGAACGCUCUACGGCCCGUACGAAGGGCAGGUCCUGAAUGCAAAUGACCCACGGAUACGCGGGUUUCCCUUCAGCACGCGGCGGGCGACACAGAACGAGCUGAUGCGCUCGUUCAUCGAGCUGACCCGGCUCAAGGCGAGGGAGCUAUUACCAGUCGACCCAAAUGACACCACAGAAGCAGUCGCAAAGGCGCAGACACCACGUAAGCCUCCCAAGCCCGCUCCAGCCAAACCCACCGAGGAGGAGGAGACGGCUCUGCUCCACACCCAGCAGAUACAGGCCCUUGUCCGCCGGUCGAAACUGCCCGCCCUACUAUCAUACAUCAAGACCAACUCCCUUGAACCAAACUUCCGCUUCCAGCCUUCCGAUGUGAACCACCAUGCCCCGACGCCGCUGCACCUGGCAGCGGCGCAGAACGCAGCCGCCCUGAUAGUGGGCCUGCUGGCCCGCGGCGGUGCGGAUCCUACGCUGCCGAACGGCGAGGGCAAGACGCCCUUCGAGCUGGCGGGCGACCGUGCGACACGGGACGCAUUCCGCGUGGCUCGACACGAGAUGGGCGAGGGCGUGUGGGACUGGGAGGCGGCCAAGGUGCCGCCGGGGAUGAAGAAGGAGGAGGCGGAUCAGCGAGGCGAGCGCGAGCGGAAGGAGGCAGAGCGAAAGGAGGUGGAGAGGAGGAAGGCUGAGGAGGAGAGGCUGAAGACCCAGGGACCCAAGGUGAACGACAGCGCGAAGCGGAAGGGCGGCGGUGUCCUCGGGGGCAGCAUCGAGAAGAGCGCCGAGGAGAAGAGGCAGGAGGAGGCCAGGGGCUUGACCCCCGAGCAGAGGAUGAGGUUGGAGCGGGAGAGGAGGGCAAGGGCGGCGGAGGAGAGGUUGCGGAGGAUGCAAGCUGGUAGUUGAAGGGGGGGGGGUGCGUGUUCAGACGAUGAAAUGAGUUCUCGUCCACCAAGUGAGAUGCAAUUCUUCACUGUCAAUAGUCGACGGGUCCCCAUCGGCGUAGAAGGCCAGGCCUGGAGAUGAGGCUCCUCCACGGGCGAGCAAUAGUUUUCGGGGCCACUGCCGAGGCAAGACUCACGGUAACCGGCUUGAGAAGAGCAAUCAAAUACUGGGUGGGUCUGGAGCCUCGCCAGUGGGCACUCUCACUACGGUCCGGAGUCUAGAACCGGUGACAGAAAUGCUCCAAAUCUCGAUGGUGCAACAGGUGCAGUUGUGUCCUGGCUGGCAGUGAGGUAUGCGAUCGCAUCGGCUUGUGUUGAUCAAGCAAGUCCAGCGACGCCAUCCCACGGAAGUGGGAAGUGUACAGGCCUGCAGAAAAGAUGCUCCCCGGCGGCCUCAUAUCUUGCAGCGGCCUAAGCCAGCCCGUUCGAAACCUGAGUAGUCACACCGCACCAUGAUUCGGGCAUGAAAGCCCUUGACAUCUCGCGCAGAGGCUCAGCCACCUCCAAGGUGUAGCAGAGAAUAUUCGACAGGACUUUUGGGGGGGCCUCCAUUCUAGUGUCCCUUGCCAUGUUCUUCGAAACACAGGAGGCACAAGGGCUAGGGGUCGGUGAGGGCUCGACGUUGCAUUCAGGGACCCCUGCCCCCCUUGAUCGGGCGAGGCCGCCAUGGGAUAGCGGAGACCUUUGCCCGGCCGCCACUGUAACAAAGUUGUGAUUGUGACUUGGCGUGGGUUGACAGCCAACUCACCGAGGAGAGCGCGACAGG